AUGUCUUAUUUCCAGAAACUUGUACAGCAUGGAAGUUAUAAUAUUCUUAGUAAAUUCUAUAAUCAAAUAGGUCAUGAAGAUGUACAAAAACCAAUAUUUGUUGGUGGUUGUUCAUUUUAUAUUCUUGGAGUUGAAUUUAAAACUAAACAAAUGGAUAAACAAUUAGCAGAACAACCACCAGAAGUUUAUCUUCAGUACAGUUCAGCGGCAGCAUUUUUUCGAAUAUCAAAUUUAUUUUGGAUGACAUACCGUUCAGGGUAUGAGAAAUUACCAAAUUCAUCAUUAACAACAGAUGUAGGAUGGGGGUGUACUAUUCGUGCUAUGCAAAUGAUGAUAGCCAAUGCAAUGGAAACAAUUGUAUAUUCUGGUGCUCUUAAUAAUACACAAACACCAUACAUACCAACAAAACAAGAGGUGAUGAAUGUAUUAAUUCCAUUUAUUGAUUCACCUAAUUCAACAACUCCAUUAUCAAUUCAUCAUGUUUAUGAAUCUCGUUUUGUAGUAGAAAAAAAUAAGUCUGGAGUAAAUUAUUUAGCUCCAUCAGUUGUUGCAAAAGCUUAUUCGUUUGUUGUUAUUCAUUAG